AUGACAUAUAGUGUUGAAUUAGCAACAUGUAGUUUUCCAUAUAAUUCUUAAUUAAUAAAUAGUUCGUAGAUCUUAUAUGAAUAUGGAUUGAUAUUGAUUCUUCUUUAGAAAGAUGCUGUGAGGACUUCCUUUCAUUUUUUUGGAUAUCUUGGAUGCAUUAUUAGAAUUCUAAUAUAAGUAUAAUACCAUAUAUAUUAUUGA